AGAGUAAGGUAAUCCUUUGUUCUGGUAGCAUCAGAGGGAGGCAAACUCAAACCAAAUAAUCAAAUUUCAGGAAUACAAAGACAAUGGGUAGGUCACCUUGUUGCGACGAGAAUGGCCUCAAGAAAGGCCCCUGGACACCAGAGGAAGACCAGAUGCUUGUUGAUUACAUUCAAAGACAUGGUCAUGGAAGCUGGAGAGCUCUUCCUAAACUUGCAGGUCUUAACAGAUGUGGAAAGAGCUGUAGAUUAAGAUGGACAAAUUACUUGAGGCCUGACAUUAAGAGAGGAAAAUUUUCCCAAGAAGAAGAACAAACAAUUCUGAAUCUCCAUUCCAUCCUUGGAAACAAGUGGUCGGCGAUAGCGACGCAUCUCCCGGGCCGGACUGAUAAUGAGAUCAAGAAUUUCUGGAACACCCACCUGAAGAAGAAGCUGAUCCAGAUGGGUUUUGAUCCAAUGACCCACAGGCCUCGAACUGACCUCUUCUCGAGUUUGCCUCAACUGAUAGCUUUGGCUAAUCUUAGGGAGCUUAUUGAACACCAUCCAUGGGAAGAACAAGCUGUGAGAUUACAAGCAGAAGCAGCUCAGUUGGCUAAGCUUCAAUAUUUUCAGUAUCUCCUUCAAACCUCUUCCCCCAUGACUAGCCUGAACAGUGUUACAGACAUGGAGGCUCUCAAUCUACUGAACUCAAUUUCUUCAAUCAAAGAAGACCCAAUUUUGAGUUCAGUCCAUAACCCUUCUCUUGGAAUUGGUAGCACUCAAGUAGUCCAAGAUUCCAUCCCAUUCUCUCAUUUACCAGACUUAAAGGUGCCUUGCAAUUUUCAAACGUCUUUGAAUAAUAGUGAGAUGGGCCAAAGUUCUAGCUUUACAUUGGCUAGCCAAGGAGAGGACACGCCUCAAUCUCCAUGGCUUCCUUCAUCAUCUCCGUCUCCUCCGCCGCCGCCUCCUCCUCCUCCUGCUCCGCCUCUAAUGGUAACUGAGACUUCAAUCAGCAAUCCAGGAGACGCAUGUAGUACUUCUAGCUAUGGAGGCGCUUCUGCUUCAUUUUGGCCUGAAUUACUCCUUGAAGAGCCUUUUUUCCAGGAGAUUUCAUAGUUUUAGAGAUGUGUGAGAGCCUGAGAGGUUUGGAGUUGCACCACCCCAUCGCUGACUAUAUAUCUGUUUGUUGUUAUAUGCUGUUUAUUUAUAUUUACACAAUGCAUCAUAUGUAUACACAUCCACACACCUUACACAUGUAUAUACCCAUACUUAUACAUGCUGUUUAAUUAAUUAACUGAUCAAUUUCCAAUUAGCUAGAAUUGGUUUUGAAUAUUUUUCUCCGUUUAUA